AUGUUUCAAGAAAAGGAGUCUGGUGAACCACAGAGUUGGGGAUGUUUGAUAUUCAUUGUAACGGCGGUUACAUUCGUUAACCUCAUGGUAGUGGUAUACGUGGUUUUGUUGGAUUCGGAAGAUGAGAUCAACGAGCCUAUAAUCAAAGAAAAGACUCGCGAGCAAUUGACGAUCUUCUUGGGUAUCUUCACAAUGACAUUCUUCUUCGGUUGCUGGUGUUGCUUCUGUUGUGGUUGUUUGGUGUGCAGAUGGCUGUAUGACUGUCCAAGUCUAUGCAGCAGCGCUCUCACAGCGGCUUCAUACAAGUUCAUCUCAUCGCAUCCAUCGAUCCGUCGACGAUUUCGGAAAGAGGACGGUAAUAAAAAAACUCACUAA